AUGGACUCUACUUCACAGGGUCAUAGCCGUAACCUCUCCAGAGCGUCACGCCCUCGGAGCUCAACGAGAGGCCCCCUGGACCAACCGGAUGACCCUCUGAGCCCAGGCGCAAGUGCAUCGCCUCUCUCGCAAAUGCAGACCUCCCAAGUCCUGGAUACAUGCAGUGGUGCCUCGUUCAGCGCGUUAGACCCUCUCGCUCCAGAUGUCUCUCAGUCGGGCAUCGAAAAAGACCUCUCGUACCUCCUCCGAUAUGAUAUCUAUCACCCACUUGCGCAAGUUGACAUUCCACCUGCUUUGCGUUCGGAGUUUCUAGCUCCCACCUCGGACCAAUCACUCCAGUCAUGUCUUGCCUCUCUCGAGAGACUUCUCACAGAGGGCCAUUUUCUGCUCUCGGCAUAUCUUAGCGCAAAAAUACUAACAUCCUCUUUGAUCUCUCCUACGGACGUCAAGUUGAUCUUGGCGCUUUUCUAUACAAGAUUGGCAUCUUUAGAACUAUCAGGAAACACCGUUCUUGCGGCCCAGGAGUCAAAAGCUCUGGAGGACUUGAGCUCGGCCUUCUAUUACAUAGAGCCAGGGCCUCAGGUCUCGGAAUCCGGGGAUACGCAGAAGCAUCCGACUUAUGCCCGUCAUAUUGUUCCAUGGUGUCUGCGGGUCCUCGCCAUUCGGCUUCAAAGCAUUGGUUUUGGUGAUUCGCGCCGUGGAAUCGGUGGUCUGUAUGAGAUCGGACUAGAAGCGCGAAGAGAGAUCAUGCGACCCGACUUGACCGAUGAAGAACGACGUAUCUGGAAAGAAAGGCUCUCUGAUCUUGGCAUCAGAAGCGUCAAUGCGUUGAUCGAAAUGGGAGAUCUCAACGCCGCCAGGAGGUCGUUGUCCAGUCUGCGGACACCAAGUACGGAUACGGAGACGGCAAAGCUAAGAAAGGCGUUGUUAUAUCUUCUCAUUGGAGAUCUUCAUUCAGCAAAGCAAGUUGUCGGCGACCCGGACGAAGCGGAGCAUUCUAUCUUCCCCCCACUCCUAAGCAUGGCUGAAGGCCGAUACGACGAUGCUGUCGCGGGGUGGCGGGCUCUUUUGGGAAGAGAGCCCAAGAGAUCUGAUGAGAGCAUGAUUUCUCAAAACCUGGCCUGCUAG